ACUAACUAAAACAAGAAACUCCUCAAAAGAAAUAUACGGAGUAGCUCCAUGAAGUAUACAGCUGUCUAGGAGGAGCCGUCUAGGAGGUUUCCGUUCCAAUAAAAUUUUAGAAGUAUUUGUCUUUAAGGUUGAAGUACAUUCAGCUAAGAUAAGGAUGCUGGGAUGGAAGGAGGCGUAGGAUUCAUGUGCAUAUCAUGUGUGUAUUGUUUAUAAAUAAACAAAUAAGAAGCAAGUUUGACUUUAAACUUAUCUGAUCAUUUUCAUUUUGUAAACGCUUCCGCAUAUUACAAAAAUAUUUUGUGUUGUAUAAUAUUAAUUGCUUUAUGUUGACUUGAUAUUUUCAAGUAUUGAAUAAUAAGUUGACAUUUGAAUUAAAAUGUUUUACUUAAAUACUUAAUUUUGUUUAAAUAACUAAAAGUCUUCUGGUUAAAUCCGUUUUGACUUCUGCCACGUGACACACCGCUCGGAUCGGCGGGGCCGGUUCGGGUAGGGUGUUACAUUUUGGUAUCAGAGCCAUUGGUUUUAAAAGCGAUUCUAAAAAAAAAAAAUAUAUAUAUAAAAAAAAAAUAAUGGGUUCAACUUUAUUUAAACUAUGUGUCUUGCAUUUCAUUCUAGAAGUCCGCCUCACAUCCUGGUAUUUAGUUAUAUCAUAGAUAACUAAGUUAUUAUGGAACUUCUAAAUUUAGGCACCUAUAAUGUCAUCUGAUGAUCCAAGUGAGCAUUCUGUGCAUGGAUCUGAACAUGCCAGUGCUCACCAUGAUGAAUACCAUGUUCCAAAUCCGUUCAUACAGCAGAUGACUGGACUGUUCCAGCAAAUCGUUCAAAAUGUGAUCCCGACUAAUAACGGAGAUGCACGGGAGUCCAUUACGAUCGAGAAGCUAAAGAAGAAUGGCGCCUCCAUUUUCUUUGGGAAAAGGGGGGAUACUCCGGAAAUUGCCGAAUUUUGGCUUGAGCAAACUGCUCGAGUCUUAGAAGACUUACAAGUGCCGAUAGCCGAUCGCCCACGACAUGCUAUUAGUUUGCUGCAACAUGGAGCCUACGAUUGGUGGAAAUCAGUACUUCUCAGACCUGAUCUACCGAGACCCGUGACGUGGGACUACUUCAUGGAACGCUUCAUAGAUCAAUUUGUCCCGGCCUGGUACCAAGAAGAACGAAAACGACAGUUUAUGGAUCUGACACAAGGAUCCAUGACGGUGGCAGAGUAUGCAUAUGAAUUCCUUCGCCUGAGCAAGUAUGCUCCCGAUAUGGUAAGAAUGGAAGCUGACAAGUGCCGGAAAUUUGAGUAUGGGCUUAAUGAGGAAAUCGCUGGGCAGGUGGUUACCUUACGCCAUGUUAGCUUCACGUUGCUUGUGGGGGCCGCUCAAAGUUUUGAAGGGUGGCGCAGAAGAAAGAGCAGCAGGGGGACAUUUUCUUACUCAGCACCGACAAUGAACUCGACGGGGAAGAGACAUGAAAGUGGAAAGGUAAAAUCUCAGAGUCGAUAUAAUGAAUCAUCUCGUGCCAAGUCCACGUCUGGUAGCAACAAACCUCGACCACCGGUUUCUCAGGUCAAAACUGUUCCGCUAUGCUCGUUUUGUGGCAAACACCACAUCGGUGAAUGUAGAAAAGCCUCCGGAGCUUGUUUUCGUUGUGGCCAAAAGGGGCACAUGCUCCGACAAUGCCCUUUGCUUGUCACAGUUGAUGCCUCUUCAGCUCCAGUCCGCCCCACUCAGCCCCCACAGAUGAGCCAACAAACUCGUAUCCAAGGCAAUACUGGGAGCAACUCUGACACGGUAAACAGGCCUACACAGGGUCGUCCCCAGGCUCGGACUUAUGCCAUGCAGGCUAGAGAAGAGCAACCAGAGAAUGAUGUCAUUAUUGGUUGAAGUACAUUCAGCUAAGAUAAGGAUGCUGGGAUGGAAGGAGGCGUAGGAUUCAUGUGCAUAUCAUGUGUGUAUUGUUUAUAAAUAAACAAAUAAGAAGCAAGUUUGACUUUAAACUUAUCUGAUCAUUUUCAUUUUGUAAACGCUUCCGCAUAUUACAAAAAUAUUUUGUGUUGUAUAAUAUUAAUUGCUUUAUGUUGACUUGAUAUUUUCAAGU